AUGCCAAAUAGCAGUGCUAUUGAGGAAUCAAAGGUUCCCUUACUAGAUGAUCUAUGUUCAACCAUUCAAUCAAAUAACAACGAAGAUGGUCAUGAUUGUCAUGACCUUGUGCAGAGGGUUUGGUUUGAAUCCAAGAAACUAUGGCACAUAGUUGGCCCUGCAAUCUUCUUCCGUGCCACCAACUUCUCCAUGAUAUUAAUCACCCAAAUCUUUGCUGGCCAUUUGGGUGAUCUUGAGCUAGCUGCUAUCUCACUUGCUUAUAAUGUCAUCAUUGGCUUCGACUUUGGUCUUUUGUUGGGAAUGGCAAGUGCACUAGAAACUCUAUGUGGUCAAGCUUUUGGAGCCCAAAAGCAUUACAUGUUAGGUGUAUACUUACAACGUUCAUGGAUUAUUUUGUUUCUUUGCUGCGUUCUAAUACUGCCUUUGUUCCUAUACACCUCUCCAAUCUUGAAGUUCAUGGGACAACCUUCAAAUGUUGCUGAUUUAACUGGGGUAGUGGCCAUGUGGGUUAUACCACUUCACUUUUGCUUGGGGUUUCUUUUUCCCUUGCAGAGAUUCUUGCAAUGCCAGCUUAAGACUGGGGUUAUUGCAUGGGUGUCUUUGGUAGUGCUUGUGGUGCAUGUGAUUAUAAGUUGGUUGUUUGUGUAUGUGUUCAAACUUGGAGUGAUUGGUACUGCUGCAACUUUGAGUUUUUCUUGGUGGCUCUUAGGGUUGGGGUUGUUGUUUUACACACUAUUUGGUGGGUGCCCUUUGACUUGGAAUGGUUUCUCAAUUGAAGCAUUUUCAGGUCUCUGGGAGUUCACUAAGCUCUCUGCUGCUUCUGGGGUCAUGAUUUGCUUGGAGAACUGGUACUACAGAAUAUUGAUAUUGAUCACUGGAAGCCUUAAUAAUGCAGAGAUUGAUCUGGAUGCUUUAUCCAUCUGCAUGUCCAUUAGUAGCUGGCAGAUGAUGAUUCCACUCUCUUUCUUUGCUGGAGCUGGAGUGAGGGUAGCAAAUGAGCUUGGAGCAGGGAAUGGAGAAGGAGCGAAGUUUGCUACAAUGGUGUCAGUAAUAACAUCUACUGUGAUCGGCUUCGUAUUUUGGUUAGUGAUAAUGAUUUUCAACGACAAAAUUGUUCUCUUAUUCACCUCUAGCGAACCUGUCCUGGAAGUGGUGGACAAGCUCAAAGUCCUCUUAGCAUUCACCAUUCUCCUUAAUAGCGUUCAGCCAGUUCUCUCUGGAGUGGCUGUGGGGUCAGGAUGGCAAUCAUAUGUGGCAUACAUAAAUCUGGGUUGCUAUUACUUGAUAGGCCUACCACUUGGAUAUCUCUUUGGAUGGGGAUUCCACCAAGGAGUUACGGGUAUACGGGCUGGAAUGAUAUUUGGUGGAGCCGGGGUCCAAACUCUCAUAUUGGCCGUGAUUAUCUACCGGUGCGACUGGAAGAAGGAGGUUGAGAAAGUAAACAUGUGUGCAGAGAAGUGGGAAGCCUUGGGAAGGAAUUAA